AUCCCUCUGCACCCCGUCGAGCACUCCACACGAGAUCCCACGACCUUGACCUUUGAGUGGCACGUCACCCUGGGCACCAGAGCCCCAGACGGAGUGGAGAAGCAAGUCUAUCUUGUCAAUGGACACUUCCCUGGACCGACCAUCGAGGGUCGAUCCGGAGAUCGUAUCAUUGUCCGCGUCUACAACGACCUCAGGGAUGAGGGUCUCUCCCUGCACUGGCAUGGCCUGCGCAUGCAAGGCUUUAAUGCCAUGGAUGGUGCCGUGGGCUUCACCCAAUGCCCAAUCUCGCCUGGGAGCUCGUUUGUCUAUGACUUUCGCAUCCGCGACGACGAACACGGAACCUUUUGGUGGCAUAGCCAUGCUCAGCUGCAAAGGGGAGACGGCCUCUUUGGCGGACUCGUAAUCCAUGAGCCUCGCCGUAGUGAUGCCAACGCGGCUUUGCAAGACGAAGCAUUGCUGUUGAUUGGCGACUGGUUUCACCGCAAGCAGAGCGAUGUCCUUGCUUGGUACUCCAGCCCGGCAAGUGCUGGCAAAGAGCCCGUUCCCGACUCCAUGGUCAUCAACGGCCGUGGUCGAUACGAUUGCUCAAUGGCCGUCCCAGCUAGGCCUGUCCAUUGCAAGGCCACAGCUCUGAGCGACUUCCCACCUCUGAUCAAAAAGUCUGCCGGAGAAACGCGUCUCAGGGUGGUGAAUACGGGCACAGUCGCAGGCUUGACGCUGGGAGUUGAUGGUGCAUCGCUCCAGCCGUUGCAAGUAGACGGAGGCUGCAAGGUUGAUGCCAAGGCCGGUGAUUCUGUCGGAACCCUAUAUCCUGGCGAGAGGGUUGACCUGCUUCUGAAGUGGAAGAGCGAUCAGGCCGCAGAGCCGUGGUUCAAUGUCUAUCUAGACCAUGAAAAUCUCGGCUUUGGAAAUCCCGCUUUAAACCCGAACCAUACCUUUCCCGCGCUUCCGAAAACCGUAACCGGUCACGAUAGGGAAUAUGCGUCCCCCUUGAAAUUUCGCGAUCACCACAUGGAUCUUGCCACGCUCUCUUCAACAGAAGAACCAUCUCAUAUUGUCACUGCGGAUGAGGAACAGACAAUUCUGCUCUAUGCCUCAACCCAGACGCUCUCAGUGAAUGGGAACAUUCCUCUUGGGUUUAUUAACCAUACAUCAUGGCAUCCCCAGUCGCUGCCACUGCUCUCACAGAAUCGUUCAUCGUGGGAUGAUAAGCAGCUCAUUCCCUUUAUUCCUAGUGGAUCAAAACCAACCAGAGUCAAGCUUGUGAUUAACAACCUCGACGAUGGCUCUCACCCGUUCCACCUUCACGGAUACUCGUUCCAUGUGCUGUCCUCGUUCCGCGCUGAAAGCGGCAGCCUGGGCAGCUAUAACCCUUAUGCAACCCCGGAAAGCGAUUCUCCGGGCGAGUGGAAUCGAGAGAAGCCUCUUCGAAAAGACACUGUUAGCGUACCGAGGAAGGGACAUGUGGUACUCAGCUUCGUUGCUGACAAUCCCGGAAUGUGGAUGCUGCAUUGCCAUAUGUUGGUACACAUGGGAACGGGCAUGGCU